AUAUUUUACUUUGAAGGGGGAAUAUAACGGAAGAGCGGAAGUAGAGUUCAUAGUUUCCUGAGUCACGACUGCACGGUUCAAACAACCUGAAACAACCCCACUUUGCUAACUACUGUGUACAUUGUUUAUAUCUUGAAUUAUUUUUUAACAAUGGAGAGCACUGUAUCAAAUGUAAAGGUCUGUAAUUUAGCUUUCACGGGGGAGUUUGAACAAUUAAAAGAGUGCAUCCUGGCAGAUAAAACGCUUGCCUGCAAAACGGACCAGGACUGUAGAACCGCUCUGCACUGGGCUUGUUCAGCUGGACACACCAACAUUGUGGAGUUUCUGCUGGACCUGGGAGUGGAAGUGAAUCUGCAAGAUGAUGCCUUGUGGACCCCUCUUCACAUCGCAGCAUCAGCAGGCAGAGAGGACAUAGUGAAGGCUUUAAUAUCCAAAGGAGCUCAGCUGAAUUCAGUGAACCAAAAUGGAUGCACAGCUCUGCACUAUGCCGCCUCCAAAGACAGAUAUGAGAUCGCUCAGCUGUUGUUGGAAAGCGGAGCAGACCCCAAUAUCAGCGACAGAUACGAGUCCACUCCCCUUCACAGAGCGUCUGCCAAGGGCAACCACCACCUCAUCCAGCUGCUGCUCAAACAGAGCGCCUCCACCAACAUCCAGGACUCACAGGGCAACACACCACUCCAUCUGGCGUGCGAGGAAGAGCGUGUGGAAGCAGCCAAGAUGCUGGUGGAGCAUGGGGCCAGCAUCUACAUUGAGAACAAGGAGGAGAAGACCCCGCUACAGCUAGCCAUGGGCGGCCUGGGCAACGUUCUGCGCCGGAUUGUUGAGGGAUGAUUCAUUUAAUGACCCCAUGUCUCACUCCUGCUCUGAUCCCCACCAUCACAAGUUACAUCAUUAGAAAUCUCCUCCCAGUCUGUCAUCCCUGGAGUGACAGUCAGAUGUGUAACAGGUCGAAGAUGAGCUGGUGUAAGCCGGGAGAAAAGUUGUUUUCAGACCCUUUGAUGGGGCACUGAAACUGCUCUGAACUUAGAUGUCUGAUCAAAAACAGUAUCCUGUGCAACAAGGCGGCAUUUUCUUAUGAUAUAUUUCUUUUUAAGUUUGAUUUAAAUGACCAAUUAAAAUAUGUUUUCAGGCCUGUUAAAAUAGUUGAGGAUGUGUUUAUCUGUUGUACAUGUGCUCAUUAAAUCCAGCAAAACAUUCAAUAUGUGUUUCUGGCCAACUCCUGA